AUGUGGGACUACGAAACGUCGAUACCGGAAGUUAUGGAUAGCCUUCAUAAUCUCGUCGCAGCGCGGAGGGUUCUCUACCUCGGGAUCUCUGAUACCCCCGCAUGGGUCGUCUCUCAGGCCAACCAAUACGCCAUGGACCAAGGCAAGAAGCCGUUCAUCAUCUACCAAGGUAAAUGGAGUAUCUUGGAGCGUUCGUUUGAGCGCGAAAUCACUCCUAUGGCAGAAUCUCUGGGCAUGGCGCUCUCUCCGUGGGUUUUUCUCGGGCAAGGGAGACUGCGAACGGAUGCAGAGGAGCAGCGAGGGAGAGAAGGGACUUAUGACGAGGGACCCGGAUUGAAAACGCACAGAGGCGGAGGGACCAAUGUCACUGCGGUUGCGAUCGCAUACGUGAUGCAGAAGGCACCGUAUGUCUUCUCAAUUAUCGGAGGCCGGAAAGUGGAACACCUUCAGGCGGACUUAGCGGCGCUGGACAUUUCGUUGUCGAAGGAUCAGAUCGAGUACUUAGAAACCGUCAUACCUUUUGAUCCUGGGUUCCCUACGACGAUGAUUGGCGACGGGACCAGCCAUAAAAUAUUCCUUGCCUUGACCGCGAAGAUGGCGAAGCAGCCCACUGGGCAAGCCUAUCAUGCCCUGACUGAAUGUGACUCGGAUUCUAACGAGUUACCAGUAUUUUGUAGUUUGACUUUCAAACGAUAUAUGUUGACCCAUCUAGCCUAUUAG